AGAAACAAUUUUUUCGGAAUAAAAAAUAUAAGAAAAUAAUAUUAAAAAUCAACACAAUAAAAAGAAGAGAAAAAAUAUAAAAACUAAAAGGAAAAAAUUUAUUUAAUAGAAUUUUAUUAAAAAUAUUAAAUAAUUUUUAAUACAUAGUAAAUAAUAUUAUAUACCCUAUGUAAAUCUUAAAAAUUAUAUAAAAUAAAUCAAAUAUAUUUAUCUAACUUUUAUAAUAUAUAAAAGAAGAAAUAUAUAACUUGCAUAUUUAUAUACAUACAUACAUGCAUAUAUCUACUACCAUUUUGUACGUGUUAUAAGUAUAUAAGAGGAAAAACUUAUUGCUUUUGGAUUACAAACAUAUGUAUAACAAUAAGUGAAAGCAUUUUUAUGUUUCAAAAAAAUAAAAAAUAUAUUUUUAGUAUCUGAAAUAUAACCAGUACGAAUUUAUUAAAUAAUCUUAUGAAUAUUAGUACAAUAUUAUAAAAAUGUCAUCAACUCGGAAAUCAACAAAUAAAUUAAAAGCAGAUUCUCCUGCUUUAUGUAAUAAAACAGCAACAACAACAGAAUUAAAAUCAAAUUCUAUAGAAACUUCAACAGUUACAGUAUCAACAUCUUCAACGGAUGUAACAACAAUUACAGCAACAACAACCACAAUAUUAGAUGAAAAAAAUGAAGAAGAAUCAAAUAUAACCGAUACAACUACAACAAAUGGUUCAAGUUCAUUAAAUUCAAAUGAUAAAAAAUGUAAUACAAGUGAAACAUUAUGUACAGAUACAAAAUCAGAAGAUAAUGAAAAAACAACAACAAUAACGUCAACAACAACAACAACGUCAACAACAACAACACCAACAACGACACCAACAACAACCCCAACAACAACACAACCAAAGACUAUUAUUGAUUUUUUCACUGUCACCGGCAAAUCAAAUAAUAAGGAUAAUAAUACCAAAACAGCUGUAAGAAAAAUAACAGUUAUGCCAAAAAGAGAUAAAUUACCAAGAAAAGCAACAACAUCACCUGAAAAUAAGGAUACAGAUCUUACGAAAGGACUUGUUGUACCUGGUAAAAGAAAACGUGAAGAUUCAUUUUGCAGUGAUAAAUCUGAUAAAAAAACAAAAUCUGAACAAGAAUCAGCUGUUUCAAAGAAUAACAUAAAAAAUAAUAAAAAACAAAUAGAAAAAUCAAAUAAUACAAAUAUUGGUGAGUCUUCUUCUGUAACUACAUCAAAAAAAAUUAUAACUAGAAAAUAUAAAAAGAAAAAGAAAAAUCAAGCAAAAACAUCAGCUGAUGACCCUGAAAGGGAUAUUGAAGAGGAUUCAAAAGAUUCGAUAUUAACAAAAGAUGAUGAUGCAUCAAGUAUUUCUGGUAUAUCAGUUGCAACAACAAAAGAUGGUGAAACAAAAAUUGAAUCAAAACCUGAAUUUUUAAUUAAUAAUCGUGGUAUAGAAAAUGAUCCAAAAUUUGUUGAUAUUGUUAAAGAAAUUGUUGGACAUUCUGAUGAUAGUAAUGAUGCAAAAAGUGAAUCUAAUGUAUCAGUAGAAACUUCCACGGAUACAAAAAAGAAAAUUGAAAAUAAAAAAUCAGAAAAGACAAGCAAUGAUGAUGUAGAAGAAAAUGUUGAGUCACGUAGUAAAAGUUCAACAAGAGGACAGCAAAUUAAAAAAGUUAUUGCCGUUAAAACCAAAGUUGUUCGAAGAGGUAGACCUCUUAAAAAAGUUAAAGAAGAACUUAGAAGUGGUAUUAAAAAUCCUAUUAUUGAAAAAGUACAAGCUAAAAAGAAAAUUGAAUUAAAAGAAAAAAUUGUAGCAAGAAGAAUAACAUCACCUCGAAAAGUAAAAGAAAAAUUGUUAAAAAAAGUUACAAAAAAGAGAGGACGAUAUGUGCCUAAAACUGAAACCGAAUCAACUGACCUUGAUGAAACUAGCCAAGAUGCUACUAUACCAAAUGUGCCUUCAAAUAAUGAUGUUUCUAAUUCCAAUGAAAAUUUAACAGAUGAAAAUAUAAAAACGAAAGAAAUAACAAAAAAAAAUGAAGAAAAUGACAAUGAAGCAAAACUAACUACAAAUACUCAAAGUACUAUAAAAGAAGAUUACAAGUUGCAAGAGAACAAAAAAUCAACGGAAAGCCUUAUUUCAUCAACUUCUAAUGCAUCUAGCGAAGAUAAAACAGGAAUAAUAGAAAUUAAAAUAGAUUCUGAAGAUGAUAAAACAAAACAAUUAACGAAACCAAAAGUUUCACCUCGCGCUUCACCUAGAACCAACAGAGCACUUUCUAUUUUGCCAAGAACAGAAGUAAGAACUCUAAGAAGAUCUAUUAAUAAAAAACUUGAAACUCUAACUAAAUUAGUAAAGGGUGAUAAACUGAAAGAAAAAUCUGAAGAAGCCAAAAAUUCUGAGCAAAAAACAGAAACAAAUGCAAUUGAAAAUGAUAAAAAAAUUCAGAAAACUGAAAUUGAAAAGCCAUCCUUAGAAAAUUUAAAGCAAUCUGAUGAAAAAGAAAAACAAAAUGAUCAGGAAAUAAAGGUUCCUAUAGAAAAUGAAAAAUGUUCUACAGGAACAUCAAACAACUCUACAGAAAAUAAAAAUGAAAGCACCAGCAAGAUUGAAAAUAAUUCCGAAAGUGAAAAUAAAUCUAAAGAAAUCGUUAAAAAGUCUACAGAAAUAUUGAAAGACAUUCCUAAGAAUACAAUACUUAUAGCAAAUUCUGUAAAAGAUCUAGAGAAUAAAAGUGAGGAAUCUAAGAACAAAGAAAAAAUCUCCGUUGAAAAUGAAGAACAAAAGACAAAACUAGUUAAAAACUCUUUAGAAAAUGAAGAAGAGCCUAUAGAAAUAUGUGAAAAAUUUGAGGAAAAUAAGUCUUCAAAAGAUUGUAAGAAGCAACCUUCAGAAACCCCCACAAAUGGUUGUAAAGAUGAAGAAGUUGAACAAAAUCCUGAAAAAGAUAUUGGAAAAAAGACUGAAAAUUCAAACGAAAAUGAAAAAAAUGAGGACUCCGAGAUAAAAAAAGGAGCAGGUAUCUCAGAAAGGAAACCCGAAAAUAAAGAACAAUUAGUAAAGGAAUUGCUUGAUAAAAGUGCCUCGAAAUCAAAUGAAAAGCCAGUGAAUUCAGAACAAAUUGAUGAUAAACCUAAAAAAGUCGUUGAGAAUGAAAUUAUUGAAGAAAAUUCAAAUUCAAUAAAAGCUUCCGAAAGCAGCAAACAUGAAAAUGGCACAAUAGAAAAAGAAAGUAAAAAUAUUUUAAAAGCAGAGAUGGAAGAAAAACAAAUUAAUAAAUUAAAGAAUUCUUCGCAAAAUGAAAUAGAAGAGCAAGUAGAAAAAACUGAAGAAAAGAAACAUGCUGAGGUCAAGGAAAAAGAAAUAACUGAAAUUAAGUUAGAAAAAAAUGAAGAAAAGACUGAAGAAUUUCAAAAUGAUUCCGAUAAAACUGAAGAAAAAUUGGAUAAAAUUGAUCAGCCGGGCAAAGAUGUAUCAGGCAAAAAGAAUGAUGUACAACAAAAAGUGCUCCAAUAUAUUGAAAUAAUUUCAGAUAAAAAUCAAGAUGAUAUCAAAACUAUAAAAGAAACUAAUAAGGAUGGUUCUAAAGCAAAAGAAGCAGAAGUUGAAACUUGUAAUAAAGCAAACGAUGAGGAAAAUAAAGUAGAAAUGAAGAGUGAAAGUACAGGUACUCGAACUAACGAACAUUUAAAUGUUACGAAAAACGAGGUAGAGCAUGAUGUCAAAAAAACUGCAAAUGAAAGCCCUAAUGCAAAUGAAAAAACCGCUUUUAAGACUGAAGAUAUUUUAGAACAUAAUUCAAAAUCUUUUGAUAAGCAAGAUAAGAUCAAAAAUGAAGAAAUAACAGAAAAUGAAGAAGCUGUUAUUUCCAAACUACAAAAUGCGGAAAAUGUUAAAUCAAGAGAAAAAUCUAAAAAUAAGGAUGUUAAACCUGAAGGAAAUAUUAUUAAAAUAAACUCUGAGUCAAUUUCCGAAAAUGACAAAAAAAAUACAAAAGAAAUGUUUAUUGAAAUUAAAAGCGAACCAAAGACUGAUGAUAUUGUAGAAUCCAAUAGUUCAUCAAAAGAAAAUGUAUUAAAAGAUGUCCUAGUUUCUGAUAAACCAAAUGAAAAAGAAAAAUCAAAAAUCCAAGACAAAGAAAAGGAAAACAAAUCAAAGGAUGCCUUAAAAAAUCAAGAUACAAUCGAAAUUGAAGAUGACGAAGUCUCUCUAAAGGAAGGUACUUUAAAAUUUGAAGAUGAUGGAAUAGCAAUUCAAAAUGAUAAUAAAACUGAUGAAUCAACAUCAAUAGCUACAGCUGUAGAUUCAGAAAUAAUUAAAAUUGCUGCAGAAACAAUUCGUAAAGCUAAUGAACUUAUAAGUAUAACAGAAGAAACAAUUGCAAAAACAGCAAAAACUUCAAAAGUGAAAGAUCAGUUGGAUUUUGAGAAGGAAAUAAAAGAAGAAAAAAUUGCAAAGGUUUUAAGUUCAGAAAUACCAAAAUCGACAAAAGAAGAAAAAAAUACAACAAAAAUUCCUAAAGCAAGGUAUUCAACGGAAUCUAGGGAAACCAAAAUAGAAGAAAAAAAGGAGCUCGUUGAUGAAAAGAAGAAAGAUGAACAAAUUCAGCCGGAAAGAAGAUACUCAACAAGAAAAUCCAAUUUGAAAAAGAAACCAGAUAACUCAGAUGAAGAAGACACUGCAAGUAAUAAAACAAACAAUGAAGAAAAUUCUGCUAAAGAAAUCAUAAAUGGCGAUAAAGAAGAAAACUCAGAAAAUUCAGUACCGAAAGAUGAAACAAAUGAAGAAACUGACGAAACGGGUAGUAUAGAAGAUAACGGUCAAAUUUCAGAUAAAACUGGUGAGAUUGUUUUAUCUAUAAAUAAGAAAAGCUUAAAAAUAACAAGUAAGUUGGGAAGACCUCCUAAACGAAGAAAAUCCACUGAAGGUAAUAAUAAUACUAAAACAAGUGAACAAAUAGCAAGAGACCGCCGUUCUAAAAGAGUAAAAUCAAAUGAGUGCAGCACAGAAUCAACUAAUACAAUGAAUGAAAAAGGUAAUGAAACAAUUCCAAAACUUCAUAUUACAAUUUGUCAAGAAGAUGCUACAGCAACGUGCUCAUCUAAAGUACCAGAAACUCCAGAAGCUGAUCGUAAAGAAAAUCAUUUAAAGGCACUUGGUCUUUUAACAUUGAAAGCAGCAGCACAAGCUAAAACUGAAGAACAGAAAAGACAGAAUUUAUUUAGAAGAAGAAAACAACAGUUUCUUGGUAAUCUAAAACAAAAAGAAAAAGAUCCAGCAAGUGCUACAUAUAGUAUUAAAACAAUUCAAUCCAAUUGUGCUGGUGUUUUAGAAAGGAAAAGAAGAUCACCAGCUACAGCAACAACAAAUAAGAAUAAAGAUAAUCGUCAAUCUUUAAAAAUAACUUUCCAAAAAACUUCAAAUCAAAAUGGAACCAGUAAUAAAAAUAGCGAAGAAAUAAAUUAUAAAAUUCAAAAUGAGAACGAGAAUGGAGGAGAUACUUCAUCACAUAAAAAAGAGGAAAAGGAAAAUAUUUUGGUGCCGGAGAAAGCAUCUUCCUUUGGUAUUCAUCCAGAAAGACUUUGCCAGGAUCAGUGUACAUAUUGCGGUGGUAAAUUCGGCUUGUUAGACACUCCAUGUCAUGUUGCUCAAUUAAAAUCAAUAGACAGACAGAAAAAUAUUUUAUCAAAUGAAGACAAAUUAUCGGUCGAUAGUUGUUUAUGUGACGCAUGUUUUAGACAUGUUGAUAAAUUAGCAAAUGUUCCAUCAUAUAGAAAAAGACUUUCAGCUCCUGCAGCAUUAGAAAACAAUAACGAAGAUAAUGGCAAUUGUUCUGUAGAUAAUCAAAUAUCUCAUAAAAAUUGUUGUAUUCCCAAUUGUGGUAAUUCAGCAAAUCACUGGCUACGUAAAAAAUCUGUUAGAAAAGUUCUAAAAAAAUUAAUGAAAAAUUUCAAUAUGUCAGAUUUUGGAAGUAUAUUACCAAUUUGCUCAGAUCAUUAUGAAGCUUUUGCACAGUAUUUAGGAUGUGCUUUGUGUAAAAGACGAUGUGGUAAAUCACAUAUGUAUCAUAUACAAGAACCGCAGAAACUUGAUAAAAUAUUAAACACUUAUAACAUCGGAAUUCAAAUUGGAAGUAGCACUGCAAUUUGUAGACUCUGCCGAUAUUUUACGAAUUUAAUUAUGAAACCUCCAGUUGGAGAACAACCGGAAAGAGAACAGUUCAUUAAUAAUUAUAAAAAGAGACUACUCAAAUUAAGAAAUCUUUCAAACGUAACGGAAGUCAUAACUAUUGAUGAUGAUAGCCCUACAAAAGAACUAGAAAGUCAAGCUGAUGACAGUGAACAUAACGACGUUUCAAUGGAUAAAACUGAUGAAAAUAAUUCUGAUACUUCUUCUCCUCCAAAAUUAUACGCUAAAUUAAGAUCGAUGCUCGAAAAUGAGAUUCACGAUAAAGGUCAACAAUAUCUUGGGUCUAAUUCAGAUAUAUCAAUUACAUUAAAAAGUGGUAACAGCAGUACUCCAAAAAGAAUAUUAAAACUACCUGGAGAAGAUACUUUAAAUGUAAAUGCUCAAAUUCCAUUUGGCAAUGCAGCAUUGUCAAGUCGCACACCUGAAGGAUGGACUCGAGUUCAAACAUUUUUACAAUAUGAUGAACCAACCCGGAAAUUGUGGGAAAAAUUACAAAAACCCUAUGGGAACCAAUCUAGUUUCAUUCGUCAUUUACUUUUAUUAGAAAAACAUUUUCGCGAAGGUGAUCUGAUGCUAACAACAGCUGCUAAUAAUAAUGCUGUAACAUAUACAAAUGCUAUACAAAAUCGCCUUAGGGCAUACGACAGCAUGUCUAAAGAUGAAUUCGCAAGAGAUUCGUCCUUUGAAGUAGUUAGCAAAAAAUCUCGUAUUGCUGAAAAUGAUUUUCCUAUUCAAUUGUCAAGUUCAAUAACAAUUACGCCUAAACCAAAAUUACCAAUAGAUGCCUUAAAAGAUAAUUCAGUUGAUAGUUUAUUAAAGUCACAUUUGCUUCAGGGGAACAGAAGUGGUAUUGAAAUCCUUCCUAUAGGAGCAUCAAAACCAAAUACCUCGAAACAGAAUAUGUCAGUUACGGCGACGGUAACAUCUCAAAACGAUAGUUCUGCUGAUAUGCCUAAUAAAAACAGUAAUAAUACAGAAAGUACAAAUUCACAAAGUGUUCCUUCUACAAGUAAUAAACAACCACAAGCUAUAAAUUUGGAUGGUAAACAACAAAACAAUGAACAAUCUUCAAUACACAAAUCGCCACAAUUGAAUCAGCAACAAACGAAUCAACAACAGCAACAACAAUCUUUAAAUAAUCAAAGUCAACAAAAAUCCCCUCAAAAUAAAAAUAGUCACAAUACUAAUCGAUCCGCAAAUAAUAAUGAAAGUUAUCGGCCUAAUAUUAUUGUCUUACCCGAUACACUAUCACCUUACGAAAGAGCGACAAGUAAAAAUUGGCGACCGACUUUAAUGACUUUGAAAAAGGAAGAAUAUAAAAAUCAACCUGAUAUAUUGUAUCAAACAAUUGACGGUCGUCGAUUACCGGGUCUUGUUCAAGUUCAAUCAGGUGGCAAGCCUUACUUGAUAACAAUACAUGACUACAAUAAAAUGUGUAUCCUUAGAAGAGAAAAACUUCUUCGAGAACAAUUAUCUAAAAGUCAAAGUGGUGGAAGUCAUAAGAAACAAUCCAAUACAAAUCAGCAAUCCUUGUUGAUAAACAAACAACAACAACAGCAACAACAACAACAACAAAAAAAUCAGCACCAACAACAGAAUGAUCAAGCUGCUACAUCUAGAGCUCAACUAAUCGCAAAUGAAAUAAAUCGUAGAUUUUCAGAACAAAACAAUAGUAAUUUAAAUAAAAUCAAGCCAGUUAAUAUAGCUACUUUACAACAACAACCACCACCACCACCUCCACCAUCUGUUACAUCUUCAUUAUCAUCACCAUCUACAUCAUCAUUAACAACAUCAUCUAAUGUCAAUUCAUUAAUUAAUAAUAUUACAAAACAAUCAAAUAUGAAAAUAUCAGCAGCUGCUGCAGCAGCAGCAGCAGCGGCAGCUGCAGCUAAUAAUUUCUUAAAAAUUCUUCCUAAACCGCAACAAGCAUUACAAAAUCAAGUUCAAAUAUUACCAAUAUCAUCCGCAACUGGUAAUUUACCAGCACUUCCAUUACCAAUGAAUAAUAAUGCAAUGACAACAUCCAUAUCAAUAUUACCAUCGCUUCCAAAUGUUGUAUCAAUGGCACCAAUUAAUCAGCCAAAUAAUUUUAAUUUUAAUAUGCAAAAUAAAAAUUUUCUUGAUAGUUUUAAAUCAUUUACAACUGGUUUACAACAACAGCAGCAACAACAAUUUUUACAAAGAAAUCAACAGCAACAACAACAAAAACAACAUCAGCAAAUGCAAUCAUCUCAUCAACCACCGCAAAUGAGACAGUCGCAACAUCAAUCACAACAACAAUCGCAAACUGCCAAUAAUAAUAAUUCAAAUUCAGGACCAUUUUUAGAUAGUAAUUUAUUAUCACGUAUACCAAAAUCAUUAACAGUAAUACCACAGCAAAAAUUUAGUUAGUUGAUUUAUUCAAAAUGAUUUUAUUUGUUUUUUUGAAAAUAAUGUUAAAAUUAAUUUUUUCAUUCAUUAGAAAAAUAAGAAAAAAAAAAUACACAAUUUUAUUUGUGUAGUUUUAAUAAUUAUUUUCAUUUAUAAGAAAAUUUAUAUUAAAUGUCAUGGAAUGGAUGUGCAUUCAAAUA